AUGCAGAUGACCGAAAAGAUCUCACGAAUCACUGCCCCGGAAUUAUCGGGUUUCACAAAAGAUCUUGCUGUAAUCGUUUUCGGCAGAGAAGUCCUUGGCACCCAUUGCUUAUCUGGAAAAGCAUCAAAUGCCCAUAAAGGAAAGGAAAGGAAACCACAAUUGUGCCCAGAAAAAGUGAAGAAGAUUGUUGAAUUUAUGGAGACCAGAUUCCAGGGGCAAGCGGAGAUAAUGCAGAAAGUUCACCAAGCUCUGCGUCAAAAGUGCAACGACGAUGCCAAAUAUUCAGUGCCGAUAUGGACUACACUCUACCUCUCGGCGCUGGCUACAACGCUGGCUGUGACUUGUCCUCCCCUGGCUGCCAUCCUCUUUGUGAUAUUCCAGAUAUUGUUCUCGGGGGAGAGCCAGCAACUCAUCAGAAGCAAAGUGCAGGAAAAAACUAAGGAUCACCUCAAGAGCGCUCUGCAUCACAUAAACCUCUACGAUUAUUUAUAAUACUAGUCUAAAAGCCCGUGCG